CCGAGUUAUUUUGUAGCCGGAAGUACCACUCUAUUCUAUUAUUAUUGGACGUUUAAAAAAUUCAUUUCAUUAUGAUGGAUUUUGGUUGCAUUUCUAUCUAGUGAUGGUGAUGGGUUGAUAUUCUUGUUUUAAAAUUGAUGAAUAUGAAUAAGAAAACAUUUAUUCUGCUUAAAAAAUAACCCAAUAUUGUUAUUCUUGAAUCUAUAGGUUAUAUUCUACUGCAAUGUCUUAUCAGUCAUACAGAGGUACAACUCUUGGAAAUACUCUACAAGAAAGUCUUGACGAACUUAUGCAGUAUGGAUCAAUAACUCCUCAGAUUGCAUUCAAAGUACUCCUCCAAUUCGAUAAAGCAAUUAAUAAUGCGCUUGCCACAAGGGUGAAGUCCCGCUUGACUUUCAAGGCCGGAAAACUGAAUACCUACAGAUUCUGUGAUAAUGUAUGGACUUUCAUGUUGAAUGAUGUCGAGUUCAGGGAAGUUCAAGAAGUCGCUCGAGUUGACAAGGUCAAAAUUGUUGCUUGUGAUGGAAAGAGUGACAAAAACUAAGACAAAACUGUCAUUUAUGUGACUAUGGGAGACUGUCCGGCUAUGGGAGACGGUCGGUGAUUGAAUGGACCGCACACUAUUAUAAUAUUUGUUUUGUUGUAUCAUGAUAAAUACAUAAUCAUAUUUGUAUAUUUCAUAAUAUUGUCACCGAACAAAAUUAAUAUAUAAUAUGAAAUAUUUAAAUUAAAGGAUAUUUUUGUAUAUAGAUAAACUAACUUGGUUAUUUUUUGACUAACAAAACAAUUUGUAAGUAAAAAGUUGUUUUUCUUGUUUUAAGAAAUGUUUGAUUUUCACAUGUAUAUUCAUGGGAUCAGUCGAGUGCUUUUACGUAGUUGAAUUGAUGUUAUUGAAUAUAAAUGUAUUGUUCAUUCCUGUUGUAACUAUGUGUGAAUAAAUAUUGUUUUGUGGCAAA